UACCAGCUGAUAUGGGUCAGCGACCUAACACACAGUCAUCGCAACGUGUUCGCGACAACCGAUCGUGAUGAUGCACGAAAUGCAUUUAAUGUGUGUUGCUCAGAUUCGCGGCCACUCGCAUCGCGUCAGGUCGCGCCGUUGUACGCUGUGCGCUCGGACAUUGCGGUUAUCGCGCAUUUCCCCUCAUUCUUCAGUCAGCGUUUGGCGGAUAUUGUGACAGUGAAUAGUAAUGUUUAAGAUAUGUUUGCCGCGGUAUGUGCCGCUGUACCCGGUGCUCGGGCUGCUCGGUGCGUGCGCGCAAGCCAUCAACAUCGUCUCCGUCUGCAAUUCCUCCAUCUACUGCGCUGGAGACCUACUCCACACAGUGCAGCUCGCCAGAAUUUUCCCUGACUCGAAGACAUUCGUCGACUUGAAACUCACAAAUACUGAAAAUGUAACUCUCGCUAAGUUUAAGAAUCUUAUGAAACAAACCAGGAAUAAUCCAACUCGUGAGCAAAUUAUGUCAUUUGUCGAUGCGAACUUUAUGGAGGGAGGGGAGUUGCUCCACUGGAACCCUCCAGAUUUUGAUCCCAAUCCUCCGAUUCUCGACCAGAUUACUGACCCGAAGUUGAAACAGUUCGCGAAAGAUAUUAUCAGCAUUUGGCCUGUCCUCGGUCGAAAAGUAUCUCCGGACGUAGAUAAGAACUCGGAUCAAUACAGUUUUAUUUAUGUGCCCAACGGAUUUAUUGUUCCUGGCGGCAGGUUUAAAGAGUUAUACUAUUGGGACUCUUACUGGAUUAUACGCGGGCUCUUGAUUAGCAAUAUGACGCAAACAGCGAAAGGGAUGAUCGAUAAUUUCUUAUAUCUUGUGGAUAAACUAGGCUACAUACCCAACGGAAGCCGAAUGUAUUAUUUAGGUCGCAGUCAACCACCUCUGCUGUCCCUAAUGGUGCACGACUAUUACACUAGCACUGGUGACGUCGCCUGGCUCGAGCAGAUUAUAGAAACAGUAGAAAGAGAGUUGUACUAUUGGUUGGAAAAGAAGAAAAUGACUGUUAAUGUGAAAGGUAAACAAUACAGGCUUUUGCGAUACAUUUCGGAUGAAGAAGAUAAAGGGCCUCGUCCCGAAUCGUAUUACGAAGAUUAUGCCAGCAGUCGCGUUUUGUCUGAAGAUAAGCGUGAAGAGUUUUACAAGGAAAUGAAGAGUGCCGCCGAGAGCGGCUGGGAUUUCUCAUCCAGGUGGUUUGUGAACGCAAAGAAUGUGACUACGGACAACUUGACCGACGUCCAUACAUCUCGUAUUCUUCCAGUCGAUCUUAAUGCUAUGUUUGCUGGUGCAUUACAAAUCAUGGGAGACCUUAGGUAUCAACUUAAGGAUAGGCGGAGUGCUCAAAAAUGGUGGAGUUUGGCAAAGUACUGGAGGGUAGCGAUUGAGAACGUAUUGUGGGACCCGGACGAUGGUGUUUGGUAUGAUUAUGAUACCACGGCGAAGUCACGAAAGAAACAAUUUUACGCAAGCUGUGCUACUCCUCUCUGGGCAGACGCGGUUGAGUCGUCGAGUGCUCCUACAUACGCGUCCCGCUUAGUUUCGUAUUUAGAAUCGAAUAGUGCGCUGAGCUUCCCCGGCGGUAUACCGACGUCGUUGUUGCACACGGGUGAGCAGUGGGACUUUCCCAACGCCUGGCCGCCUCUUCAGAGCAUCAUGAUCGGAGGUUUAGAAAAAAGUGGCUAUGAUGAAGCGAAAGAGUUAGCAAGGCAACAAGUGGCUAUUUGGAUCCGUGCAAAUUACAUAGGUUAUACUAAGUGGCAGAAGAUGUUUGAAAAGUACAGCUGCGUGCAGCCGGGGGACCACGGAGGCGGGGGAGAGUACUCCGUCCAGUCUGGGUUCGGGUGGACCAAUGGAAUCGUUUUAGAGCUUUUACAGAGAUAUGGGAGGGAGUUGAGGCUAGAUGAUGGAGAUGACGGUUUGCCGACCGUGCGAAUGUUGUAGCGAAAUCAAUUUUGUAUCGAUCUAUGCGUGAUAAAACGUUAGUUUAAGAAGAAAUGUUAUGUCUCACUUGUGUUUUAACAUUAAGUAAAGUGUUUAAUUUUAAUUAUCUUGUCUGGUUCAGUGUCGUCAUUCGUGAUUGAGUUUACCGUUAAUUAAAUUCCAGCCAGACGAUGACAAUGGAAUGCAAUGUCGGAUCUAAAACGAAACGUGUUUAUGUGAAAUGUGAAACUAAUGUCAUAUUAUUAUACGAGUAGGCUUGGCUUGGACCCUGUUC